AUGGAGAUGUACAAGGACAAGGUGGAGAAGGUGGACAUUCUCAAUCAAAACAUUUCAAAAGCCCCCGAGUUAAAACUAAGGCUGCCCGUUCUGUUACGCCAUCCAAGAAACCAAGCGGGCAACCGACCACCAGCCGAGGAGUACGUAGAAGAAGAAGAAGACGGGUUGCUCUACCGGUUUUGCAAGACGAGGAAGACAAUCAGAAUGUUGUCGCAGACAAUCAGGGUGAGUGCAGUCUGUAAAUUAGACCAUUGCUCAUGGAGGAUUCAUGCCUCUACUGAUGCUACCAGGACUUCUUUUCAAAUUAAGACGUACUACCCGGUUCAUAUUUGUGGUAAUCAGUACGAAAACUCCAGAUGCGAUGUUGAGUAUCUUGUUCGUGCUUAUAAGAGGGACUUCAAGGAUGACCCCAUGUGGACACCAUAUGCAUUGAAACAGAGGGUGAAGAGAGACCUUAACAUCGAUGUUCCUAUUGACCGUUGCUAUAGAGCGAAGAAGGAGGCAUUGCAUCAAGUUUUUGGUAGGCACUCUAAGCAAUAUCGCCUCACACGGAGAUACGCAAUGGCAAUACUCAGCACGAACCCUGGUAGUAGUGCUUUUGUACACAGAGAUGGAGUAUUCUUUCAGCGGAUGUAUAUUUGUCUUGAUGCAUGUAAGAAAGGGUUCAGACAUGGUUGUCGGCCCAUAAUUUGUUUAGAUGCUUGUCAUCUAAAGGGGGAAUAUGGGGGGCAAUUGUUGUGUGUCAUAGGCAAGGAUGGCAACAACGACAUGUUCCCCAUUGCAAUUGAUGUGGCCGAGGCAGAGACAAUAGAUUCAUGGCAGUGGUUCAUUGCCAUUUUAUUGGAGGACUUAUGCGGGCUAGAAGGCGGACUUGGUUGGACUAUAAUGUCUGACAGACAGAAGGGGCUUGGAAUUGCAGUUGAGGCUGUGUUGCCACAUGCUGAGCAUCGCUUUUGUGUUCGGCAUCUACAUGCGAACCUCAAAGCGAAAGGCUACACAGGGAAAGCUAUGAAGGAUGAGUUGUGGGGGGCUGCACGUGCAGCCCAUGUUUAUGCGUUUGACCAUCACAUGCAGAAUAUAUUGUCAAUGGAGAAAGGUGCACACGAUUACCUUAGUGGUGUACCGAAGGCAUCAUGGUCCAGACAUGCUUUCAACUGCCAAACCAAAAGUGAUAUGUUAUUAAACAACUUGGCCGAGAGCUUCAACGCGUGGAUUAAGGAAGCUAGGAUUAAGCCUAUACUGACUAUGCUUGAAGAAAUUCGUCUGCAAAUAAUGGCACGCUUCCAGCAGAAAAGGAAUGGAAUCCGGUCGACGCACUACACAAUAUGCCCAAAGAUCCAGAAAAAAUUGGAGAGGUCAAAAAGUGAUGCAAGGAAUUGUAUUAGUCGGUGGCAGAAUGAGUUGGAGUUUGAGAUCGAGGACAUAUACGAGCCACGGCGUUUAGUCCGGUUAGAUCAUCGCACAUGCACAUGUGGAAGAUGGCAGAUGGACAAGUAUAUGCAAGGAUAUGCAGCUCGAGUGUAUGGCAUGGAAGGUCCACAGACAUGGCCAGCUGAUGAUCCAUGCGAUGAAAUCCAGCCACCUAUCAUUAGAAGGGCUCCUGGUCGACCAAAGAUUAGUAGGCGAAAAGCUGUAGAUGAGCCAACUAACCCCUACAAGCUAACCCGGCAUAAUUAUAAAGGUUGUCAUUUACCUUUGAACCCGGACCGGAAGAGGUGGAAACCGAAGAAAUAUAAGCCGAAAAAAGAUGCUACUCAAGCACAGGGAUCACAAGCUCACCCAGAAGCAGAAGCCCACGGACCAUCACAGCCAAGUCAUUGGUUUGACCUGCAGCUCAAUGCUGCUUUGAGCUGCAGCAUUGUAAAGUAA